AUGCCCCGCACCGGCACCCUUCUCACACGACUCCUACCUGGUCAACACUGUCGCCCAGCAAUAACCUGUCUGACCAAGCCCGCUUUCUAUAAGACGUUGACAGCAUCUGUUCUCCCCUCUACUAGUCCCUCCUCUACCUCGAAUCUCCGUGUCGGUCCAUUCCCAUACGCAGCCCGCAGAACCUACCUCACACCCGCCAUCCAAACCCACCAAGCCCGCAAGAUGGCUCCCCAGCUCGACGGCUUCUUCGCCGAGGUCGACAAGCAGUCGACAUACUUCAUCGACCGUCUCGCCAAGGCCGUUGCCAUCCCCUCCGUAUCUGCCGAGCCUGCGCGCCGUCCCGAUGUCGUGCGCAUGGGCGAGUUCCUGGCCUCCGAGCUGAAGAACCUCGGCGCCAGCGUAGAGAUGCGCCCCUUGGGCAAACAGCCUGACCACCCCGAACUCGAUCUGCCGCCCGUCGUGCUCGCGCGCUACGGUAGCGACAAGAAUAAGCGAACCAUCCUCGUCUACGGCCACUACGACGUGCAACCUGCCGAGAAGAGCGAUGGCUGGGCCACCGAGCCCUUUACCUUGACGGUGGGCGACGACGGCCGCAUGUUUGGACGGGGCAGCACUGAUGACAAGGGCCCUGUCCUAGGCUGGCUAAAUGCCAUCGAGGCCCACCAGAAGGCUGGUGUGGACUUCCCUGUCAACCUUCUGAUGUGUUUCGAGGGCAUGGAGGAGUACGGAUCCGAAGGCUUGGACGAGCUAAUCGAAAAGGAGGGCAAAGGCUACUUUGCCGAUGCCGAGGCUGUCUGCAUCAGUGACAACUACUGGCUCGGUACCGAGAAGCCUUGCCUGACCUACGGUCUCAGGGGGGUCAACUACUACAGCGUCGAGGUCUCCGGGCCAGGAGCCGAUCUGCACAGCGGAGUGUUCGGUGGCACCGCCCAGGAACCCAUGACGGACCUGGUGCGCAUUCUCGGCAGCUUGGUAGACACAGAUGGCAAAAUCCAGAUCCCGGGUAUUGCCGAGCAGGUAGCGCCGGUGACCAAGGAGGAAGAGGCCCUAUACGACGGCAUUUCGUUCACGAUGGAGAACCUGCACGAGUCGCUCGGCUCCAAGACCACUAUCUUUGAGGACAAGAAGCCCACGCUCAUGGCGCGGUGGCGAUACCCGUCGCUCUCCAUCCACGGCGUUGAGGGUGCUUUCUCGGCACCGGGCGCGAAGACCGUCAUCCCGGCCAAGGUCAUUGGCAAGUUCUCGAUCCGUACUGUACCCGACAUGGAGAUCGAGAAGACCAACGAGUGUGUAUACAAGUACGUCAACGAUGUGUUUGCGAAGCUUGGCAGCAAGAACUCCAUGAAGGUCUAUGCGCAGCACACCGGCAAGUGGUGGGUUGCGAGCCCGAACCACUGGAACUUCCGCGCUGCUGGAAAGGCAGUUGAACGCGUUUGGGGCACUAAGCCCGACUUCACGCGCGAAGGUGGAAGCAUUCCUGUCACUCUCACGUUCGAGCAAGCAACUGGCAAGAACGUCCUCUUGUUGCCAAUGGGCAGCUCAACAGAUGGCGCACACAGCAUAAACGAAAAGCUUGACAAGCGAAACUACAUCGAGGGCAUUAAACUUCUGGGCGCAUACCUGCACUACAUCGCUGAGGAAGUCCAGGAAUAA